AAUAAUUCCCCUCCUAAGAAACAUCUACCUACUUCCCACAUCUCUCUAUUAAUAGCUUUCUGGUAUCAUAGCGGCCGCCUAGCUACCUACCCACUAUUUAUGUCCCCUCUCCGCUCCACCCUCCCGCUCGCUCCCGCGAUGUGCAGACUCGACCGGACGUUCACGGUCUGCCUGACGUGCGGCGCGGUCAGCCUGGACGCGCAGCGGUUCUGGCCGUGCGCGUAUCGCAGCGGGACCUUGCAGAGCUGCCUGCUGUCGCGGCCGGCGAACGACAACCUGCAGCUGAUCGUGCUGCCGCGGGAGGCCGCGCACUGGUGCCUGCACUGCGCGUCGGGGGAGCCGGCGCCGCGCGAGGCCACGCGCCGGGCCGCCACGGCGCUGCGCCGGUCGCUGCGGCGGAUCGCGCGCCGCACCGCCCGGCAGCCGCCGCCGCUGCCGCCGCCACCGCUGUUAUCACCACGGCCGCCGCCACCGCCACCGUCGUCGUCACCGUCGUGGUACCCCCACCACGCCGCCGACGACGCCGCGUGGGACGGCCCGCCUAAGGCGGCGGGCUCCCCGCCAGCCGGCGCGGCGCCCGGGGCGAUCCGCUCGCCGCUCGAGGAGCCCGAGCUCCCGGUCGCCGAGCCCCAGCCGAUCAACGUGUCGCUCGAGGAGCUCGAGCGCCUGGUCGCCGACGCGGCGCGUCGGGCGGUCGACCCGCCGCGAGAGCAGCCGGGCACGGGCAGGGCCGGGUCGCCUCCCUGGACCGAGGCCGUUCGUAUUCCUCUCGACCAGGAAUCCAUCGAGUCAGCCGUGGCCAACGCGUAUCGCCGUUUCCAGGCCUCCUGGGAGGCUGAUCGUGAAAACCCUGGGGGAUGA